AUGGAAGAGCUGGUGGGGCUGCGUGAGGGCUCCUCGGGGAGCCCUGUGAGCCUUCGGGAGCUGUGGGGCCCGUGUCCCCGUGUCCGCCGGGGCAUUCGAGGUGGCCUGGAGUGGCUGAAGCAGAAGGUGUUCCGCGUGGGGGAGGACUGGUAUUUCCUGAUGACCCUCGGGGUGCUCAUGGCCCUGAUCAGCUACACCAUGAACUUCGCUAUCGGGCGCGUGGUGCGAGCACACAAGUGGUUAUACCGGGAAAUUGGGGACAGCCACCUGCUCCGGUACCUCUCUUGGACCGUGUACCCUGUGGCCCUGGUCUCCUUCUCCUCCGGCUUCUCCCAGAGCAUCACGCCCUUCUCAGGAGGUUCUGGAAUCCCUGAGCUGAAGACUAUCCUGUCCGGCGUGGUGCUAGAGGACUACCUGGACAUCAAGAACUUCGGGGCCAAGGUGGCAGGCCUCACCUGCACCCUGGCCGCCGGCAGCACCAUCUUCCUGGGCAAAGUGGGCCCCUUCGUGCACCUGUCUGUGAUGAUCGCUGCCUACCUGGGCCGGGUGCACACCAAGGCCAUUGGGGAGUCUGAGAACAAGAGUAAGCAGAACGAGAUGCUGGUGGUGGCAGCAGCGGUGGGCGUGGCCACAGUGUUCGCAGCGCCCUUCAGUGGGGUCCUGUUCAGCAUCGAGGUCAUGUCUUCCCACUUCUCUGUCUGGGAUUACUGGAGGGGCUUCUUUGCGGCUACCUGCGGAGCCUUCAUGUUUCGCCUCCUGUCCGUCUUCAACAGCGAGCAGGAGACCAUCACCUCCCUCUACAAGACCAGUUUCAGGGUGGAUGUCCCGUUCGACCUGCCGGAGAUCUUCUUUUUUGUGGCGCUGGGGGCCAUCUGUGGCAUCGUGAGCUGUGCGUACCUCUUCUGUCAGCGAACUUUCCUUGGUUUUGUCAAGACUAACCGGGUUAUCUCCAAACUGCUGGCCACCAGCAAGCCUCUGUAUUCCGCUCUGGCGGCCUUGGUUCUCGCCUCCAUCACUUACCCCCCUGGUGUGGGCCGCUUCCUGGCUUCUCGGCUGUCUAUGAAGCAGCAUCUGGACUCACUGUUCGACAACCACUCGUGGGCGCUGAUGACCCAGAACUCAUCCCCACCCUGGCCCAAAGAGCUCGACCCCCAGAAUCUGUGGUUUGAAUGGUACCACCCACAGUUCACCAUCUUUGGGACCCUCGCCUUCUUUCUGGUUAUGAAGUUCUGGAUGCUGAUUCUGGCCACCACCAUCCCCAUCCCUGCUGGGUACUUCAUGCCCAUAUUCAUCUUUGGAGCUGGCAUCGGGCGCCUCAUAGGGGAGGCCCUCGCUCUUGCCUUCCCCGAGGGCAUCGUGGCCGGAGGGGUCACCAACCCCAUCAUGCCUGGGGGGUACGCCCUGGCAGGGGCUGCAGCCUUCUCGGGGGCCGUGACCCACACCAUCUCCACGGCACUGCUGGCCUUCGAGCUGACUGGCCAGAUAGUGCACGCACUGCCCGUGUUGAUGGCCGUGCUGGCGGCCAACGCCAUCGCCCAGAGCUGCCAACCCUCCUUCUAUGACGGCACCAUCAUUGUCAAGAAGCUGCCAUACCUUCCAUGGAUCCGAAGCCGAAAAAUCAGCUCUCACCGUGUGAUCGUGGAACACUUCAUGAACUGUGCCAUCACCACGCUGGCCAAGGACGCACCACUGGAGGAAGUGGCCAGGGUUGUGACCUCCACAGACCUGGCCAAGUAUUUCCUGGUGGAGAGCACAGAGUCUCAGAUACUGGUGGGCACUGUGGGAAGGGAGGACUUGGUGCAGGCACUCCGGGCUGAGCCUCCUUCCUGGACUCCAGGGCACCCGUGUCUUCGGGACCUCCUGGCUGGGGGCUGUCUCAUAGAGCCCGUGACCCUGCAGCUGUCUCCGGAGACCUCCCUGCACCAGGCACACAACCUCUUUCAGCUGUUGAAACUUCAGUCCCUGCCUGUGACAUCUCUGGGCAGAGCUGUGGGCUCUGUGUCUUGGGUGGAGUUGAAGAAAGCAAUUUCCAGCCUGACAAACCCACCAGCUCCAAAGUGA